GGAGCGGCGCGCGGCGGGGCCGGCAGGGGGCCCGGUGCAGCCCCGGCCCGUCCGGUCCGUCCCGGAUCCGGUUACGGCAGCGCCCGACGGGGGCUGCCGGGGGUCUCCGGCUCCGCUUCCCCCGCUUAGUACCGGGGAACCGGUGCAGGGCACACGGCGGCGGCAAUGGACGGCGGGGCGGCGGCAUGAGGCGGCGGAGGCGGCGGGGAGCAUGGCGGCGGCGGGCGGCGGCGGGGCGCGGCGGGGACUGCUAAAGCGGAAGCCGAACUUCACGCUGCAGGAGCUGGAGGUGCUGAUGAGCGAAGUGCUCCGGUACGAGCCGCUGCUGUUCGGCGCCGCCGCCGGUACCGUGAACGCGUACGAGAAGCAGAAGAUCUGGUGGCGGAUCACGCACAAGGUGAACGCCGCCGGCCGCCACCAGCGCGACAUCGGCGAGGUGAAGAACCGCUGGCGGGGGCUGCGCCGCCGCGCCGGGGACAAGAUCAGCCGGCACCGGCUGGAGCGGCAGGGCCCGGCCGGCAGGGCCGCCGCCAGGAACGGGAGCACCGGGAAUAACGGGAGCAACGGGAACGGCGCGGCCGAGCCCGGAGCGGGGCCCGCCCCCGCCCCCGUCUGGGGUCCUCGCAGCGCCGCCGGAACCGAGCCUUCGAUGCGCAGCGCCGAGGGGUCGGCACAGCACGGUGUAAAGGAGGAGCCGGUAAAGGAGGAGCCUUUGGAGGUGAAGACUGAGCCCUUCCACGGUCCCGCUGCCGACGGUGCUCCCGGCCGCGGCUCAGACUGUCGGCUGCCCCGCACCGGCAUCUGCCCGCCCAGCGAGCUGUGCGAGGGCUGGAGCCGGAGCCCCCCGCGCUCCGCACCCUCCGAACUCCCCCUCGGCGACCUCCGCGGGCCGCAGGAGCCGCUGGGCUCCGACUUCCCGAGUCUGCUGUUGGAGCAGGAGGCCGAGCAGCUCAGUCACUGCGGCGCGGGAGAGGCGGGGCCCCCCAGGGGGCUGGACGGGACCCCCGAGCGCCCCCAGCUCAGCCUCGUGCAGUCCAACGAGCGGCUGGUGCAGGAGCUGCGGGCGUUCCGCCGGGAAUACGCCGAGAGCCGCCGGGAGACCGCGGCCGUGCUGCGCGGCAUCGCCCAGGCGCUGGGCGGGCUCAGCCGCAGCCUGGCCGAAAUCCGUGACCUCUACCUCCGGGAGCGGGGGGUCCCCGAAUCCUGAGCCUCCCACGCAGCUGGCUGUGUACACACACCCCAGAACCCAUGUCGCUGCUUUUAUUAUUAUUUCUUUUCCUGUCCAUCCCACUUCAAUAAAACUCGGAGCUGCUCCCCCAUGGCUCCCCCCAC